UCUGUGUUGUGGGCAAUAACCGGGGAAUUUUAUCAUUCAAGAUCUUCACGAAUAAUUUAUUUUAUAAAUAGGUUUAUGGGUUCAUGGAUAAUUUUUAGACAAACGAGUAGUAUGGUGCGGGGCUUCCGCCAAAACAGAAACUAUGAGUGA